GGGAUCUCGACGGUGGCCGAGAGGACGCCGCGGAUGCGUUAGCAACUAGUCUAGAAGCACCCCUAGGAGGUGUGAAGAGCGUCGUCUCUCUAAUCCAGCUCCCCGAGUCUGGAGGCAGGUGCCCCGGUAGCCGUCACCAUGGUGAAGGAGCAGUUCCGGGAGACGGAUGUGGCUAAGAAAAUAAGCCACAUCUGUUUUGGAAUGAAGUCACCCGAGGAGAUGCGCCAGCAGGCACACAUCCAGGUUGUGAGUAAGAACCUGUACAGCCAGGACAACAACCACGCCCCCUUGCUAUAUGGGGUGCUUGACCACAGGAUGGGUACUAGUGAGAAGGACCGUCCUUGUGAAACCUGUGGGAAAAACUUGGCUGACUGUCUGGGCCACUAUGGCUACAUUGACUUGGAAUUGCCGUGUUUCCAUGUGGGGUACUUCAGAGCAGUUAUCGGCAUCUUACAGAUGAUCUGCAAAACCUGCUGCCACAUCAUGCUGUCCCAGGAGGAGAAGAAGCAGUUUCUGGAUUAUCUAAAGAGGCCCGGCCUGACCUACCUUCAGAAGCGAGGACUGAAGAAGAAAAUCUCUGAUAAGUGCCGAAAGAAAAACGUCUGCCAUCACUGUGGUGCUUUUAAUGGUACUGUAAAGAAAUGCGGAUUGCUGAAGAUAAUUCAUGAGAAAUACAAGACCAACAAGAAAGUGGUGGAUCCUAUUGUAUCAAAUUUCCUUCAGUCUUUUGAAACUGCCAUUGAGCAUAACAAAGAAGUGGAGCCCCUGCUGGGAAGGGCACAGGAAAACUUGAAUCCCUUAGUAGUUCUUAAUUUGUUUAAACGCAUCCCAGCUGAAGAUGUGCCUCUACUUCUCAUGAAUCCAGAAGCUGGAAAGCCCUCUGAUUUGAUUCUCACACGACUUUUAGUGCCUCCUUUGUGUAUCAGGCCCUCUGUUGUGAGUGAUUUGAAGUCUGGCACCAAUGAAGAUGAUUUGACAAUGAAAUUAACAGAAAUCAUAUUCCUAAAUGAUGUCAUUAAAAAGCAUCGGAUAUCAGGAGCUAAGACCCAGAUGAUCAUGGAGGACUGGGACUUUCUGCAGCUGCAGUGUGCCCUCUAUAUUAACAGCGAGCUCUCAGGCAUUCCCCUCAACAUGGCGCCCAAGAAGUGGACCAGAGGUUUCGUCCAGCGCCUGAAGGGAAAACAGGGUCGAUUUAGAGGCAAUCUCUCAGGAAAGAGAGUGGAUUUUUCUGGCAGAACCGUCAUCUCGCCUGACCCCAACCUCCGGAUUGAUGAAGUAGCUGUGCCAGUUCAUGUGGCCAAAAUUCUAACGUUUCCUGAGAAAGUGAACAAAGCAAACAUCAAUUUUUUGAGGAAACUGGUUCAAAAUGGCCCUGAAGUUCACCCAGGAGCCAAUUUCAUUCAGCAGAGACAUACACAGAUGAAAAGGUUUUUGAAAUACGGAAAUAGGGAGAAGAUGGCUCAGGAGCUCAAGUAUGGGGACAUCGUAGAGAGACACCUCAUAGAUGGAGAUGUGGUACUGUUCAAUCGGCAGCCCUCGCUGCACAAAUUGAGCAUUAUGGCGCAUCUGGCUAGGGUCAAGCCCCACCGGACGUUCAGAUUUAACGAGUGUGUGUGUACACCCUACAAUGCGGAUUUUGAUGGUGAUGAAAUGAACCUUCAUCUUCCUCAAACAGAAGAAGCUAAAGCAGAAGCCCUUGUUCUCAUGGGGACUAAAGCAAAUCUUGUAACACCAAGGAAUGGAGAACCACUAAUUGCUGCUAUUCAGGAUUUUCUAACAGGUGCCUAUCUCCUCACUCUUAAGGACACUUUCUUUGACCGAGCCAAGGCUUGCCAAAUCAUUGCUUCAAUAUUGGUUGGCAAGGAUGAGAAAAUUAAAGUUCGUCUCCCACCCCCUACAAUAUUAAAGCCAGUCACCCUGUGGACGGGAAAGCAGAUCUUCAGUGUCAUCCUCAGACCUAGUGAUGACAAUCCAGUGAGGGCCAACCUCCGAACCAAGGGCAAGCAAUACUGUGGCAAAGGAGAAGAUCUCUGUGUCAAUGAUUCCUACGUUACCAUCCAGAACAGUGAGUUGAUGAGUGGCAGCAUGGACAAGGGAACGCUGGGGUCAGGAUCCAAGAACAAUAUCUUUUACAUUUUGCUGCGAGACUGGGGGCAGAAUGAAGCUGCCGAUGCGAUGUCGCGGCUCGCCAGGCUGGCUCCUGUUUACCUCUCUAACCGUGGAUUCUCAAUUGGGAUUGGUGACGUCACACCUGGUCAAGGACUGCUAAAGGCCAAGUAUGAGUUGCUGAAUGCUGGCUACAAAAAAUGUGAUGAGUACAUCGAAGCCCUAAACACGGGCAAGCUGCAGCAACAGCCUGGUUGCACCGCUGAGGAGACCCUGGAGGCCUUGAUCCUGAAGGAGCUGUCUGUGAUCCGCGACCACGCUGGCAGUGCCUGCCUUCGGGAGCUGGAUAAGAGCAACAGCCCUCUCACCAUGGCUCUAUGUGGCUCUAAAGGCUCCUUCAUUAACAUAUCACAGAUGAUCGCCUGUGUGGGACAGCAAGCCAUCAGCGGCUCUCGCGUGCCGGACGGCUUUGAAAACAGGUCCUUGCCUCACUUUGAAAAGCAUUCAAAGCUCCCAGCUGCGAAAGGCUUUGUGGCUAAUAGCUUUUAUUCUGGUUUGACACCAACGGAGUUUUUCUUCCACACAAUGGCUGGCCGGGAAGGUCUAGUUGACACAGCCGUAAAGACAGCUGAAACAGGAUACAUGCAGAGAAGGCUUGUGAAGUCCCUUGAAGAUCUUUGCUCACAGUAUGAUUUGACAGUCCGAAGCUCUACAGGUGAUAUUAUCCAGUUCAUUUACGGGGGAGAUGGCUUAGAUCCUGCAGCUAUGGAGGGAAAAGAUGAACCCUUGGAGUUUAAAAGAGUUCUGGACAACAUCAAAGCAGUCUUCCCGUGCCCAAGCGAGCCUGCGCUCAGUAAAAACGAGCUGAUCCUGACCACUGAGUCGAUCAUGAAGAAGAACGAGUUUCUCUGCUGCCAGGACAGCUUCCUGCAGGAAAUUAAAACAUUCAUCAAGGGAGUUUCUGAGAAGAUCAAGAAAACCAGAGAUAAAUAUGGCAUCAACGAUAAUGGCACAACAGAGCCCCGUGUGCUCUACCAGUUGGACCGGAUCACCCCCACCCAAAUAGAAAAGUUUCUGGAGACGUGUAGGGACAAGUACAUGAGGGCACAGAUGGAGCCAGGUUCUGCAGUGGGAGCACUCUGUGCCCAGAGCAUUGGUGAGCCAGGCACCCAGAUGACGCUGAAGACUUUCCACUUUGCAGGCGUGGCCUCCAUGAACAUCACCCUGGGCGUGCCCCGGAUCAAAGAGAUCAUCAACGCUUCCAAGGCCAUCAGCACUCCAAUCAUCACAGCACAGCUCGACAAGGAUGAUGAUGCAGAUUACGCUCGCCUCGUGAAAGGGAGAAUUGAGAAAACCCUCUUGGGAGAGAUUUCAGAGUAUAUUGAAGAAGUGUUUCUUCCUGAUGAUUGCUUUAUCCUCGUCAAGCUCUCCCUGGAACGGAUUAGGCUUCUCAGACUGGAAGUAAACGCUGAGACGGUGCGGUACUCCAUCUGCAUGUCCAAGCUCCGCGUGAAGCCCGGUGACGUGGCCGUUCACGGUGAGGCUGUGGUGUGUGUCACCCCCCGAGAGAAUAGCAAGAGCUCCAUGUACUAUGUGCUGCAGUUCCUGAAAGAGGAUCUCCCCAAGGUGGUGGUGCAGGGCAUCCCAGAGGUGUCCCGAGCUGUCAUCCACAUCGACGAGCAGAGCGGGAAGGAGAAGUACAAGCUCCUCGUGGAGGGUGAUAACUUGCGGGCAGUCAUGGCCACCCACGGUGUGAAGGGCACCCGGACCACCUCCAAUAACACAUAUGAGGUGGAGAAAACUCUGGGCAUCGAAGCUGCCCGGACAACUAUCAUCAAUGAAAUCCAGUACACGAUGGUAAACCACGGCAUGAGCAUUGACAGGAGACACGUGAUGCUGCUGUCUGACCUGAUGACCUACAAGGGUGAAGUCCUGGGCAUUACUAGGUUCGGCCUGGCCAAGAUGAAGGAGAGUGUGCUGAUGCUCGCCUCCUUUGAGAAGACAGCCGACCAUCUCUUUGACGCUGCCUACUUCGGACAGAAGGACUCCGUGUGUGGGGUAUCUGAAUGCAUCAUCAUGGGGAUCCCCAUGAACAUUGGAACUGGGCUUUUCAAGCUGCUCCACAAGGCCGACAGGGACCCAAGCCCUCCCAGGAGGCCCCUGAUCUUCGACACAAACGAAUUCCACAUCCCCCUUGUCACAUAGUCCAGGGAGAAGGGGGCCAUUCCUGACCUCGGCUCCUUGUCCUGUCUGGAAAGGGGCUUGAGACUUUGGAACUUUGUGCUCCCUGGGACGGAGGCCCUGACGUCCCCACCGUGCCAGCAGUCAUAGAAGGCCCCCAGCAUCCCGGGGAGCAGCUCACCUGGUGACCCUGAGCACACCACACUGCUUGGUUGGGAGAACUGAGGUUUGUCUGUGUUUGUUUGAAAACUAUUUAAUCUAUGGACAGCUCAGCACCUCCUGCCCACUCUGCGUCCCUGGACUUAUGAUGGAGGCCCCAGCCAGGCAUCACUGCUCAUUCUCACCUCACUCGUCCGUCCAUCAGCUCCCAGGGGUAUAUCUCACCCUGACCGGGAGCCAGGUCUAAGCCCCAGGGCAUGUUCCCAGUUUUUCUGUUCCUCAGUCAUGUUGGAAUCUCUCUGGGUGACAUAUUCAUGUAAAUAUUAUUUAUUUGUUCAGUUUGAAGAAUCUGGAGUUUUUGAUGUUAUUUUGGAUUUACUUUUGAAACUAAGAAGCUGUAGAAACCAAGAAAGCCAGCAUUGAAGUGUUACUGGAAAACCUUGUUAGGCAAAUGGGACCGUCUAGGAUUUGUAACUGAGCUAAAACUGUCAUGAGGCCCAGGCUGCUGUGAAAGAUCUUUUACAGAC